AGGAAGGUCGAAGAAGUAUGGAUGGAUUGUAAACUAAUGUUGAGUAGAGUAUUGUGUUCAAAAGUAGACGUCCAAACAGGUCUAUCCACGUACUAACUUAGCAGCUAAAAGUAAAGCAGUAUCUUUUAGUGCGUGUUAUUUAUUUUUAUAUUUUUAACUUUUUUUUGUCAUGAGCAGUUCGUCUGCAGCUCGCAGCUUCGGUUCAGUCUGCAGCCCGCAGCUCACUUGUUCUUUAACACAGAUGUCCAGUAUGUUGGACACCGCUGCAGAGCAAAUGAUGGUCGAACAAGACUUCCAGGAAGCCUUUGACACAUGCGACAGAGGCCUGGAGAGCCUCGCCAACAUGGACCAAGAGGACAGCAGGUGUGGAGAGCUUAAAGCUGGCUUCUGCAUGUUAGGGAUGCAGGCACUGGCUGAGCUGAAUCAGUGGCAUGGAGUCCUCUCAUGGAUCCUCCAGCAGUACGAGCACCAGGAGAAAAUACCAGCCAAAAUAAUGCAGAUGUGCAUACUUCUUUACUCCAAGGUGGGGGAGCCAGCCGUUAUGCAGGACGCAGCCAGAGUUUGGUUACACUGCCUGUCCAACAGCACAGUGACAGGCUUUGGCACGGUGGUGGAGCUGUACCUGCUGCAUGUCCUCGUGCCUCUGGGAGACAGAGACGAGGCUCUGCAGCUGAUCCAGGGCCAGGUUGGAAGCAGCGCGUUCUCAGAAGAGCAGAGGCAGACGGCACUGGAUGUUGUAGAAGAAAAAGAGCGACAGAAUGAAGAACCGCCUCCAGAUCCUGGGAUCAGACCAGACUCUGAGAUUGCCACUCACUCAACCCAAGGAUCUGUAAUCCGUAAACUUGAAGCCAUGCUCAGGUUUUUGUACCGAAAAGUGUUGUUGGCCGGCUCUGGUUCAUUCUCUUUCCGGAAAUUAUUCCUUGCUGCUGUUCUGCUCUACAUGCUUCUCCUCCGAAUGGAUCCAGCUCUUCCAUCUUCAUUCAUGUGGAUUUCCAAACUGCUCCAGCUGCUCAGACAGAUGUGGACUGCCAUGUUUGCACCGUACCAUCAGGCUCUUACACAGAGACUGUAAAAGACUGAAAAUCACAAUGUGUUUGACUACAGUAUAUGUUUAUACCAUCAACUUGUGAGUGUGUAUGCAGGAGCAGACCUAGGGAAAUGUUCAUGGGGCGGCAAAAGAGUGUCAUAAAGGGCAUCAGUGUUUCCCCUAGGUUUACUGCUUUGGGGGGGUGCUGCCUGAGCGUUGGGUAUUUUUUAAUUCCUCUGGAGCAGAGAGAGGAGCUGUGGAUUAUUGUUAUUGAGUAAUGCAUCAGUGUUUCUUAGG